UCAAUUUCAAUUUUUAUCACAAUGCCUGAUGAAGAUUUCAGAAAAUUCCAAUUGUCUGUUCAGAUCGUCCGCUAAAGGUUUGUGAAAAAGGCGAGUUUUGUAUGGAUGCAGUUUUUCUUUUUUUUAAAAACUUUACUACGACGGCAAAUUCAUUUCAUGACAAAAAAUAUCAAACUUUACAUCAGAAUUUGGAGCAUCCUACACGCUUCCAGUUUCAUCAAAUUUUCAAUUCUGCUUACUGUGCUUCUAAUAACUGGAGGUCGCUCAAAGCGUGUUUCAUUGAAUAAAACACCUGCUUCUUCACGACUUCGAAGUCCAUACCAUCAUUAGAAUUUCUAUCCUUUUUUUUUUCGGUUAAAGGAAUUAUAACAAUAGAUAAUAGGUUGGAUUAAAGCUAGACUGACGCUGACAGAUGAUAUUCUUGCUACGUAACUUUAAUAUUUAAUUCUUCUAAUUUCUUAGUUUUUUUCAUGAAUUCAAAAUCAUAAUUUAUUUUCUUUUCAACAAACUCUCUAUGUUUCAUAAGUGAUGUAUUUUUACAUUUUUUACAAAACUGAAAGUUUUAUGAAUUUUGUGAAUUCUGAAUAAUUUCUGGCUUGAGGCAUAUAUUUAAAAAAUAUUCAAAUACUUUUUUCUAUGUUGCUCAAUCGGUGCCGCUUAUAAACUUAUGAAAUUAUGAAUAGAAGAACUAAACAAAUAUUUACACUCCUACAUUCUGUUUAUACUAUCUAACAAAUUUUAAUUGAACCCACAAAGGGUAUUUCUAUUUCUAUACAAAACGUUCUCGCUUAACGCUCAAGCAAUCACGAUUCGUACCGGUUCCUUGGUUUUAGGGGUUUACAAAAUUGGCUAUUUAAUUAGCCACCAAGAUUUCUAUUUCCAAACCCUCCAUUUAUUUCCGCCAACAAGGGAGAAUUCAAAAUCUGACAACGCGGCGCGAGUUUGAACAUACCAAACAAUGUUGAACCUGUCUUUCCAAUAUCGGUCUUUCAGUAUUCCAACUUUACUUGUCGAGGGAUGUCGGUGGAAACGUUGUAGAGUUUUCCUCAAAUUCGAGCGAACGUGGUAUUUUGGAAACAAAACAUUCAAUUAUAAAAUGUAAAGGUGUUGUUUCUAUUUUAACGUAAAUUGUUGGAAAAAAGACUGAACUGUUUUUAAAAAAUGAGUUUGAGAAAAAUUGUGGUUUUUUGCUUUAUGAUUAUUAACUUCGGCAAAGUUGCGCUGGCGAGCAAAUAUGGUGAAGGAGGCGGGGUGAAUCGUCUGAGCAAUGAAUUGAAGCCAUCGUUGUCGCCCUUGAAUGAUUCAGAAUUGGCAGAAAAUUUAGGUCCUCCAGAUUCCCAUGAAGCCAUGAACAACCGAGAAAUCUAUUCCAUUCCCGUGAACAUCCGAGAGAAAAGGAGCUUCGAAUUUUUGAUGGGUUUAAUCAAUAAUAAUUCUAAAUUUGAAGUUACCAAAGUAGACCCUGAAAGCACUACGGAAAAAUCGGCGGUAGUUACUGGGGAUCGUGUCGGAGCAAGUGAAAUUCUUCUGGAAUUAAUGGUGAGAAUCGCAUCUCAUCCAGAUCAAUGGGACAGAGUCCACAAAAUUUUACAAACUUUGGAUCAGGACUUGAAAGCAUCAAGAAGUGUUGUCACUCAAUUACAAACUCUACCACAUCACAACAGAACCAUCAAAAACUCUACUGGAGAUAAUAAAAUGAACUCAAAUAAGAAUAUCUCUAUGUAUAUAAAUAAUACAGUCAAGACGGAAAAGAAAAUGGAAGACGUUAGAUGGCCAAAUGAUGAGAAACACAGUAUUUUGAGAAUUGUAAAUAACAAUAAUUAUUCAGAGAUGCAUGAAACUAAGUCUUCAGCUAAUACCGAGAAGUCAAAGGAGAAAUCUAAUAAACCUACAUAUCCAAAGAACUUCACAUAUCAUAGAGUCACAGGUAAACCUGAUAACACCAGCAAAAAUCCGAGGGCAUACAUAGCUGUCUCGGUGAUAGCACCAAAUACAACAUCAAGCAAAACUAAAGCAGUCGGAAUCGAAGAGGAUUUAACUUUAGAAAACGAACUACAUCAGUUGAAACCAUGGACCCAUUUACAAAAUCUAAAAGACAUGGAAUCAAUUAGAACUAAAUGGAUUGUACGAAGAAACAAACAAAACAAGGAAUCAUAGAAAGAGAAUAGCAGCAAUUUGUGAAUAUUAUAAAUAGAAUAAUACAGGCACUAGUUUUUCUGAUUAAAUAUGUUAAUAUUUUAUAUUUUUAAAAAUUAGGAAUGAUGUAAUUCUAGAAUUAGAUAGAAUCAAACUUUGUGGUAUAGACCAAUAGUACCAGAAAGUAAUUAACGUGAUAUGAAUUAAAUUUAAAAGAUUAGUUAAUAUUUCGAUCAUGUGACAGCUUCAUAAAUUUUUAAUGAAACAACGAGGCAUGCUUAAAUUGUAGUGAAUAGUACUUAAUAAACUGAAAAUUAUAUUAGUUAUCUUCCACUUUAAAAUAUAAUUGACACACACCAAUCUUUUAGAUUAUCGCUUGAUGAUUGAUAUCAUUUAGAUAUUAUUAACCAUAGACGUAUCUCUCAAAAAGGGGCCAAAGAUCACGCUUUGUUUUAAAGGUGAUUUCGGAUUCCGAAAUUCAUUUAUAGCCUUGAGUUUUAAUUUUUACAGUUAUAUAUUAUGUGUGAUUAUUUAUAAUUCAUUAGUAAUAUACUACAGUUGUGGCUGCAGAGCUUUAGUGGGGAACAAAAAACGGGACAGGUCAAAAUUAGUGCUAUACUCAUCCAAAAUUACGAAUAAUUAACUACUUGUUGUGAUGGAAAAGAUACUUCUGCUCGAUGUUAUUCCAAAUAAGACUUAAGAAUUCUAUCUUGUAAUGAUUAAGUUUUGAAGACUGUACUUCUAAGUAAAUUUAAACUUGUUUGAUUCAAAUCGAAAUAUCAGUUUUAAUCUUGCACUAUCAUUAAGCCAAAUUGGCAAUAAUUACACAUUAUUUCAUGAUAGAAGAUGUGUAAUAAAACUUAGAGUCGGUGAAGCUUAUCAUUGUGAUAUUUCAGGUAUAAUAUUGGCGGUGAGAAAUCGGGUUUAAGAUUAUAUAUUGUAGAUUACAGAUAUAGCUGAGGCAAUGAAACACCCAUAAAUGUUACUUUUCUUACCCCGGAGAGAACAUGAUUAGACUAUUAAUUUAUUCUGUUAAGUUACAAUGUUAUUUGAGGUUAAGUGCUUCUUUUGAACAGAAUCAAGUGACACCAUUUUUAAAUUUAAGUAUGUCUCGUACCAUUAAUACCGCAGAAAUAGGAAGAAUAAUAUAUUCAGAUAAAAUCAAAGUCAUGUAUUCAUAUUAUCAAUUUAUCAACUUAUCAACUUAAAUGAUACAUUCCGUGAGACUAGAAAUCCGAUCACCAUGCAUCUUCUGUGCUUCGUUUUUCCUAUUCUAAAUAAGUUUGGAGAGACAGCAUCUUUCCAUCUUUUUCGCCUUCAAUGUUGUGAGGGAACGAGGACACCAUAUAAUCACAGUAAUCUCAAUGUCCAAAGCCACCGAUGGGCCUAGAACCCAUUUUUGGUGUGGCAAAAGACCAAUUCUCCGAAUAUGGACGGAAAUCAUUAUAUGAGUCAAACCAAAGCAUACCUAGAAGGACCUUCUGCCUGCCUUACCAAUCAACUUCUCCUUUUCACAGGUGUGAAGCUCGACUUGUAACUGUUUUUUUUUAACCUGACAAUCACUAAGACGUUAUCUGUAUGAUAUAGGCAACACCGAUGAAUGUAGAAUGAGGAUUUUGCAGAGGUACUUGAAUACCUUUUUAAAUGAUUUCAGCCUCUGAUAGUAGAGCACGACAAAUCCCAUGGACGCAACGGUAUUUGUCCGCCCAAUAACUUAUUUAUUAAUAAACUUUAUUAAUCUAUUUUCUUCAGUUAGUACUACAUUGCUAAAUUUCACUCAAUUUCACUAAACAUUAAAGUAAAAGGAUAUAACGUUUUAUUUUCUGCUAUUAUUCUUUGUACGAUAUUCUUUCCUGUAGAGAAAGAAUUUAUUAUUAAUUUGAUUAUAAUAGACCUUAAGUAAAAUUUUAUGCUCUAAUAUUCAUAAAGAAGGUUUUUAUACGUCCGACAUCAAAAGUUGUACAAACUAAGUAGAAUUAAAAGCAAAGUUUCCAUAAAAAUGCUAUGGAUAGUGGACAUUAUAAUAUAAUAUACUCACCGAGAAUGUUUCUCUAAUUCUUCUAUAUCAACCAUAUAUUUUAUUCUAUCCUCUGAUGUUUCUAUCUAUUUGGUACCAAAUUCGACUUUAGAUUUAUUAAUCCAUCCUCUGUUAUGCAGUCUAUACUACACAAAUGUCUUUUCCAACGAGUAUCAUCCUGUUUGACAAGUCGCCAUACUCAUAUCCAUUCCAUUAAAACGAAUUGUUUUAUUACAUUCUACAUAUCGCAUCGAAUUUGAGGGCAUUGGCAAAAGAUGUGGAAUUAAUCAACAAUUUCUUUUGUUUAGUAACUGCUCUAGUUUCUCAUAAAAUUAGUGUUUCAUAGAUAAAUGUGAAAAUCCAAGCAAGAUGACUUAAAUCUCUAAGUUCCGGUAUGAUUAGAAACUUGAACCAAUGAUAUAAAUUUUUUUACUGUUGAAAACCUACUCUGAAAAUAGCCCUUAGGUGCUGCAUAUCGAUAAUUUUUUUUAAACUAUAUCUUUACAUGGAUUGUUAUAAGUUAAUUAAAAUUGUUAGAAACACAACUUCCUGAAGCUUCGUCAAGACGUAACCAGGUAAACUCUUACAGUCUCUUCAUUUUGUAGCGCUUCCUUGUAUUGUGUUCGAACCAUUGAAAUAGAAGUAAAGGAAGAAGCAAUAUUUGAAACAUUUGUCUUUUAAAUACAAUUAAUUUCAUGUAUUCCCAAUACAAUUUGAAUUUAGCUGAUUUCCACAAAUAAAAGUAAAUCUAAUAUAGUGACAAGAGACUAUUUCAAUGGAAUAAUAUCAUGUUGAAGAGCUUACAAUAUCUAUCUAGUUAUAAAAAUACCCAACUCAUACAAAUACCUUCACAGAUCGUUUCCAAGGAAACAUACAGCAACAAGAUUGGACUCACCAUUCUACGAAAGCUUCGAAAGAAACCUUAAUGAUUUGCGACUCCAAAUUCCCAAUUUUUUGCCCAAAAAAUAUACAAUACCCACCACCCUGGCUGCUUCCCAUACCGAAAUUUAAUACCACCCUUAAUAUGACAAAAUAAAUGGAAAUUAACCUUAUUAAACCAUCUUCAAAAUUGAAUUUCAAACUUAUCACUUCUACAUAAAUUGCAAAAUUAUAUGCAAUAUUACAAGCACUCGUUCAUAUUAGAGAAUCAAAAAAGUCCACUUAGCUCACUUCAAACUAUCCAACACCUAUAUACAAAGCUGAAAUAGUGUACUUAAAAAAUGAAGAUGCCAGCGUCGAAUUUAUUCAAUCCAAACAACAUCAAACAGACCACACCAAAUGAGAAUAUCGCGCUUAGGUACGCCUGGGUCAUAAAAAUUUAAGCCAUAAAAAUCUUCUAACACGCACUGAGUUGCCAAAAUGCGAAACCUGUGAUGUAGAUCUUGGUGUUAAACAUAAACUACUAUCGCAGUGUAAACAAUACGCGAAGACACAAGAAAGAAGUACGAUAUUUCGGUGAACUUAGACAAAAACAUGGAUAUGUAUGUACUGUAAUGUAAUGUCAGUUCUCUCCCUAUCCUUUGACUAAUAACUGUAGUUUUUGAAGCGACUAGAAACAAAAUUUAUUAAUAAUUCCUAUUAUUAAAAUUGAUUAUUGUUUUAAAAACUAUUUGUUAUAUGUUUCAUUCAUAUUUUGAAUAUUUGAAAUAUUGGAUAUAUUCAUUUUGCAUUGAAAUUUUUAAAAAUAAUUUUAAAUUCUACUCAAUUUGUUUAGGUCCGUUUUUUUAUAAUGUUCGUGAACCUUUUUGUAAAAAUUAUCUUCUUCUUGUAUUUAAAGAAUUUUGAAUUUUUAUAUUUGAUUGUAUGUUUUUCUGAUAUAUAAUGCCAUUUAUUUUUUUUUUAUCAUCUUAAUGACUUUCUAAUCUAUUAUCUAAAUACUGAGGUGUCUAUCCUAUGUAAAUAGCAUAACAAUUAUCGCAAAGUACUUGAUAUAUCAUAUUACUUCGUUUAUUUUGGGAUCAUUUAGAUUCAAAUUCAGUAAAAUAUGUGAAAUGUAUUUUUUGCCAUCAAAUAAUUUUCUGAAAUACAUGACUUUUUGCAAAAGAAACUAGCAUUUAAUAUAUUUAAAAUUAUUUAAUAAUGAAAAAUUCUAAAGUAACAUUAAUUACAACGAAUCCAGAAAAAAUAAAAAAAUAAAAUUGCCAAAAACAAACAGGAGCGUAAAUAAAAUAAAAUACUUGAAAGUUGAGACUUUUUGGUUGUAUGUAGAAGGCAGUUAUUCCUCCUGUACUCUUAAGUCAAUGGUUGGAAAACUGUAUGAAACAAGAACAUGACUCUAGUGGACUGUACCUAAUUGAUGACAGAUUCGUGUAGCACAUUCUGAAUUCUUGUAACAUUUUUAGUGAAAGAUUGACCAAAUGUAGAUCCAAACAUUUCUUUGGUUUAAGGAGAGCGUUGAUUACAAAAAUAUUCCUUAAGUCGUAAUAAUAUUGCGUUGCGUUUAUAAUGAAUGCUUUAGCUUUAAAAACGCUCUCUGUUUAACAAAGACUACAUUUUUUAAUCACAAAGAACAAAUUUAUUUAUCAUUUAUAGAUUCUUUAAUUUUUUUAUUCGUUCGAUUUUUUAAUUUAAUAUUGUUAAAAGAAUUGAAGAUAUCGCAAUAGUAUAGUGACUACAUACACGGUUUUAACUUUUCAUCUGAUAUGCAUAAACUUGUAUAUUUAGUACGAAAUUAAAGAUUUCCUUUAGUAA